AUGGAAGCUACAUUUGAAUUAAGUGAUAUUCUUCAACAACUUGAAAUGAAAGAUGCAUUUAGUAGUUAUAAAGCAAAUUUCACAGAAAAUGUUAAGGUUAUUCACAAAACGUUUACUGAUGUAAACGAAGAAGGAUCAGAAGCAGCAGCAGCUACAGCCGUCAUCAUCACUCAUCAUGGACCAAGCUCGCCGCCACCACAGCCCAUUGAAUUUAAAGCUGAUCGUCCAUUUCUAUUCUUCAUUCGUGAAAGUUGGCAAAAUAUUGUCUUAUUUAGUGGCAAACUCAUUUCACCACUGAUAAACUCAUAA